AAAUUGUCAAUAUAAUUUUAAUAUUUAAUUUUUCAAGAAAAUAUUAACAACUUUUACUUCUAUCUAUUUUGUUGAUAUUCUUUGAUUCUUUUCAGAAAUUUCACUACUGAAGUAUAAUCAGUAAUGGCUUCAAUGGAAGUUGACGAUGAUAUUGACAGUGAAGCAACUGAAAUGCCGUCUGCAGCAAGUUCGUCUGGAGGGGGGAAAAAGCGUUUUGAAGUUAAAAAAUGGAAUGCUGUUGCACUUUGGGCUUGGGAUAUUGUGGUCGAUAACUGUGCUAUCUGUAGAAAUCACAUUAUGGAUCUAUGUAUUGAGUGUCAAGCUAAUCAAGCAUCUGCCACAAGUGAAGAAUGCACAGUUGCUUGGGGUGUUUGCAAUCAUGCCUUUCACUUUCAUUGUAUAUCUCGGUGGUUAAAAACUAGACAAGUGUGUCCACUAGAUAAUCGUGAAUGGGAAUUUCAAAAGUAUGGACAUUAAUAAGAUGAUGUUGCUUAGUGAUCGUCAUUUCCAAAUUGUUCUGUCCAAUUUGUUUCAAAUCUAUGUGUAUCUAUUCCAUUAAAAAUUUGUAUAAAGUUUA